AUGAAUCGUUCAGACACAAAAUCAAAAGCAAAAAAACAGAAAAAUAAAACUGGUGAAGAUGUUGAUACUAUCAUACCUAAAAUACUAGCAAGAAGGACGUCUAUAUCAGAAGCGCCGGAACACAGUACUUCAAAUAAAAAGCCUGCAAAAACCAAAAACGUUGACAAUAAUCAAAGCCACAACCAAAGAGGGGUGUUUACCAAAGAACAAGAGGUCGCACUGAGGAACCACAUCAUUAAAUGUUGUCAAACACAAUAUGGCGUCAAUAAUACUACUAUACGGAAGAUAAUUUAUGAAUAUGCAAAAAAAAUACCUAACUGUGUAUAUCCCAAGGGAUGGGACAACAUGGAAAUGGCGUGUAUGCAUUGGUUUCUCAAGUUCAGGGGUCGGCACCCAGGCUUAAAGAAAUCCUUGACAAAGAAACUUCAACAUACUUGCAUUUGUAUUAUGGGUUGCCACAUGGGACGACGAGAAGGCAAACAGGCGCUAAAAAAACUAGAGGCUGGAGUGCUUAUAGCCAGAGUAUACCACUAUCUCUACAGGGAGUAUGAGUAUAUGAAAAUGUGCAACGACCUGAGCUUGCUGGUGAACAUCCUCAGGCGUACAGCCGAGGCGACUGGCGUCUGCGAACAGACCAUCACCAAGAUUCUGGAGGAGGAGAAGCGUAACACAAUGGAGUUAAAUAAUAUCAUACCUGGCUCAGCCAAGAGGAAGAGGAAAGCAACUGUUGCGGACGAACACAGUUAUAGUUGUAAUAAAGAGGGUUCCAAUGUGGAAGCGGUUGACGAAGAUUCCAGUAGUUCUAACAACGUACUAUUUUCUGACUUUGAACGCCUCCAGCAAGGUGCGACGUCAAUCAAAUCUGUGAUGGUGGAAAUUUUGGACGAAGAUAUUGAGGAAACUGAAGAUCAUGAAAUGCAAACAGAUACUACAAAAAAUAAACCUAAGACAAAAGACAAGCCGCUUGCUAAGCAGAGUAAGAUGCGAAUUAUUUUUGCUGACGAUGAACCUCACAAGCCUGAUACCCGCGCCACACAAGAUCAAGCUGUAAAACCAAAUUCUAAUAACCCAGUGUCUAAGGACCCGGUGUCUAACGACCCAGUGUCGGACGACCCUGUUACCAAUGACCCAGCGACAUUAGAAGAUGAGGGAGACCUCGUUAUUGACGAAUCUGAAACGAUGGAUGGUGACAAAUUGCAUGUUAAGGAUAAUAAGAUGAGAAUAUUUUUUGCUGACUAUGAACCCAAUAAACAAGAUAUACCUCAGGAUGCUGAAGAUACAGGAAUGAGAAUAGACUCUCCGGAUUUUAAAUAUAUCAAGACUGAUACCUGCGCUGCAGAAGAUCAAGUUGUCAAAACAAAUUCUAACGACCCAGUGUCAACUGACCCACCAUAUAACGACCUAGUGUCUGGUGACCCAGCGUCAUUAGAAUAUGAGGGAGAGCUCGUUAUUGACGAAUCUCAAAUGAAUCUGGAUUAUAGCCCUGACGACAGAUCUGAGGAUACAAAACCCACCGAAGACACGAGGAACGGAAUUGACGAAGUAAUGCCUAUCAGAAUGCAGCAUGGAAACCCAGAAGAUACCCAUACAAUACCAUCGCGUAAACGCCGUCAUCCCAUGGACAUAUACCACGGUCAUAUGAAAAUCGCAAUUAAAAAUGCUACCAGUUGUUGUGUUGAUGAUCGUAUGACGUCAUAA